AUGAAGGCCAUUUACCUUCUUAUCUGUAUGUUCGCCGUUACUGUCAUUGGCACACCAGCCAAAAGGGACUGUCCACAGCAACAGUGCGUGAACAUAACAGACAGCUGUGGAGAGCCUGUCAGAGAAUGCUGGGACGACUGUGCGCUUGGACUUAGCGAGCGUCCCACCUUCGUCGUGCCUUCAUGCUCGGUCUCGACUCCCAUUCUGCUUGCAACAGCACUCGGCACAGCCCCAGCCAGGGCCGCAUUUAUUCCACCCGACAUGACUUCCGCGCCCUACCCAAUAGCCACUUCGCCUACCGAGGGCUGCAAGUCUGAAAAGACUAUCUGUAUCGACUACCUCAAGGAGUGUGCCAACGGGACUUACAGCAUUCCGUACGGAGGUUGCCAUGACGCAUGCUCUAUCCACAAGGUCUACCUGGCCCCAUCGUGUUCGAAAACCUGGAUCGCGGGUCCGACGACUACGAAAACCAAGACCAAGAAGCCGAGUGUGACGAGACCGGCCUGCAAAAAUGCUAAGAGUUUCAUGUGUGCGCCGCUAAACUGGCUGCUCUGA